AUGGUUGACUUACCAUCCGUUAAACAAUCUUACAUAAUGACAACUACUAGUGAUCUCAAAGCACGACCGAUUAAAAGCACUUUGGGAGUAUUACCCAUGCGGCAAAGUGAAUCAAUACCAGAAUUAAAUCUAGUUCAUUUACGUGGUCGGUCAGUGAUGCCAUUGGAUAUGUUCGAUGAUGAAUUUACAAGUAAUCGCGUUGCUGCGAAUACGCCAAUUACACCUAGACGGCAAUUGCCUACAUCAGAGACCAAUCCUAUGAGUGCUGGUGAACGAUACGAACGUUUACCAGCUAUUUUACCCAUGGUUGGAACGACGCAUACGGCUGUUCUUCAAGAAAGACAACCAUUAGUAAAACCAGUGAUUCAUAGACCAGUGCUCAAGAAACGUAAGGUUGAUGUUGUUGUAGUCGAAAGUGAUGUAAACGAACGAAAUACUCCAAGAUCGGUAAUUAAUCGUAUGGUUAGAGAAGCUCAAUUGUUAACUCAACCUACUGGAAGUGAUCGCGUUAGAUCGCAAAGUCGAUUAUCGGAUAAACCUCAAUCACUUGUUACUACAACGAGUGGUACAAGUACUCAGCAACAAUCAUCAACAGUAGUCAGUGAAGAUCCGACACGUAUGGCGGUUGAAAAUUUAAUAGCAUCGAUCAAAUCAAAACAAUUGCAGGAAGCACAACGACAAUCUGAUCGAAAAAUUGUCGAUAUUAUCCAUCGUGUACUUGGCAGAACUGUUGAUCUUGUUUACGAUGAAGAUGAAUAUGAAAGAAUCGAACAGCAAGAUGUAGCUAGAGAAGAUUCUGAAAUAGGUAGAUCGACGGAUGUUGGUGCAGAAGAGGAAGAGAUGGACGAAGAAGAUGCUACCAUUGUCAGUCGAGCAGCUGAUGGUAUUAGAAGCAACGAUCAAGUUGAACUUGACCAAAAUCAACGGGACAAAGAUGAGCAAGAAGAAGACGAAGAUGUACAGGACGAAGAUAUCGAUGAGCGUGAUAGAACUAUUGGUACAAGUGAAUUUGUGGAUGAAGAUGAAGAAAUUGAUAUUACACGUGAUCCACUCUACUAUCAUACACUGUUAGAAGUUACAAACGAAGAUAUUCUUAAUGUUCGUGGCACUCAAAUAAAUGUUCCGUCGACAUUGGUAAAAAAGAAUCAACGACGAGCAACGAAACCACUGGAAUCGACAGGUCCGAACGUUCAUCAUUUCUGCAUUCAAAUGGUUGAUGAAGCUGAUGUCUUACCGAAAGAAAUACGCGCAAUCACUCAAUUGUAUCACACACGUGCUCGAUUUCGACAUCAACUUCCGUUUAGUACAACCUAUCAUAAACAUGGCGAAUUACCGAAUUAUCCUCCCAAAGAAAUAAAUGAAGAAGAAGAGCGAAAAGAAAAGUCUAAAGUUCUGCAACGAGUUCGAUCUGGCGUUCCAUCGAUUCCAUUUGACAAUCUCGAAUCAUUGGACACUGAUCUUAAUGUAUGGCAAAAUCGUGCUGCUAAAUUAGUUCAACCGAAAGUUGAAGGUACAUCUGCUAUAACCCAAGAUCCUUAUUUAAUUCGUCUAUGGGCGCCGGCGCCACCGAAAAUGUAUAUUCAUCCACGUCGUGUUAGAGAACGUCUUUUCCCUCAAUAUUCAUCGUCUGCUCAUUCGAAAGGUCUUAGUGACGAUGACGACGAUGUCGAAGAGAAAACUUCUGCAAACACUAGUGAAUUAGCAAGAAUGAUAACGACAUUCAGUGAGCGAGAAACAUCCAUCGAAGAACAGAUUGUUCCUCCGAUAAUUCGAUCAUACAAAUCCUUAGAACGUCUACCAUCUACUAUCGAUUCCAAUGAGGAAUUUCAAAUGCUUCCGCGAAUGAUUCGUUCAACACGUUCGUGUUCAAAUUUAACAGCAGAACCUUCGGUCAGCUUCGAUACUGAUUAUAUAUUUACUUUGAAUGAAACGAAACAUCAGACGGAAGCUCGAAAAGUCGUGAAAACGGAAGCUGUUGCAGUAGCUCCACUUCCGAAUAAAGAAGUUUUGGUUCUCACACCCGAACCCGCGGAAAUCACCAAUAUCAAAGCAACUCCGGAACCAGCUGUUGAUCAAAGUGCAGAAACAUCAUCUACAGAUUUCAAAUAUUUUCGUAAGACGAAUCGUUCAGCACACUAUGAACAAGCACUUGCAGCUGGUCGUCCCUACAUCUCGAGUGGUCAUCUACGAGCGACACGACGUUCUCGAAAAGAUGCACAAUAUUGGGAACGCAUCGAUGCUAUUGCAGCUCUCGCUUCUGCUCCACCACGCUAUCCUAUUCUGUCACGUCGAGAAUCAUUUCACGAAGCAUUUUUCUACGAACGAAAUCAUCCACAUGUAGUCAAACAGCAAUUUCGUCAACGCAACACCAGUCUCGAGCAUGGAAAACAAACAUUCGAUGGCAUUAUCAAGACAAAAUAUGACUAUGGUAAAACGCGCGUAAAGUCAGCCGGAAAGCGUCAGUUGAGCGAAUUCGAAUGGACACGUGAUCUCUGGUACACUUGGUUAGAUGAAUACAUUGCUGAACUAGAUAAACAAGAAUUCAAACGGCAAGAAACUGAUACCAAAAAACAGAGCACCAGUCCACCAGCCAAUGGAUCAUUGGUAGCAACAGCAUAUGACGACGAUGACGAUGAAGAGGGUACAUCUCGACGAGGGACAGGUACGCAUGGCGAACCAAUUGUUAAUCUUGAAUUAGCUGACAGUGAAGAACGUCGUUUGAUUGAAAAUGAAAUCCAUCGUCUUACUGCAUUAAUCAAUCGUGAUCCACGUGACGUAUUUAGUUUAAGUCGACGAGGUGCUCUAUUUCGUAAACUCGGUUUAUUUCACGAUGCUCUCAACGAUCUCUCAUUAGCUAUCUAUAUCGAACCAUCAUUUAUGGAUGCUUAUUGGCAACGUGCACUUAUCUAUAUAAUUUUCGAACAUUACGAUGAAGCAUUAGACUCGUUGAAUAUGUGUAUUAAAUUCAAUAAAACGCAUGCUGGCGCUUAUAAACUACGUGCUGAUGUUCAUGCAAUCAAGGGUGAUUUAGCUUUGGCGAAUGCAAAUUAUUCGCAAGCUAUUCGAUAUAAUCCAACAGAUCAUGAAUCAUAUUUUCGACGAGCACAAACUUAUGAACGACGAAAUGAGAUUCUUUUAGCUAUGGAUGAUUACGUACAGGUGACACGAUUAAAUCCAAAGAACAUCGAAGCUUGGUAUAAACAUGCAAUGUAUUAUUAUAAUUCUGCCAAUUAUGACAAUGCUAUUGGCGAUUUCAAUGAAUUACUGAAACGACAACCAGAUCAUGUAUCUGCGCGUCUUCAUCGUGCUCUAUCAAAUUUUUACCUUGAAGAAUACCAAUAUGCUUUAAAUGAUUUUUCUGCUACACUUCAUUAUGAUCCGUCGAAUUGGAUGGCUUAUUAUUAUCGUGGUCUACUGCUUCGUGCAUGUAAUCCACAUCAAGCACUGAGAGAUUUCAGUAUAUCAUUGCUAUUGAAUCCUGAGUAUGAUAAUGUGGGUGCUUAUCUUCAUCGAGCUUUACUCUAUUGUAAAGAAAAUCAAUUUGAAGAAGCGAUUGCUGAUUAUGAAGCAGUAAUUGUGCUCGAUCGAGAACAUGCACCUGCACUUUGCAAUUUGGCGAUUAUCUACAUGAGGAAAAAUGCUCAAAAAGCAAUUCAGUUGUUCACACGGUCGAUCCAAGCUGAUCCAACGUAUGUUCGAGCUUACUUUUGUCGUGCUUACUUCUACAGUCAACUCAAUCAGUAUCAACAGGCAUACUCAGAUUACACGAAAAUAUAUCACAUGUUUCCGGAUCAGAAUUCAUCAGUGGUAUUGCGAGGCAAUAUGCUUUUACAAAUGGGACAACUGGAUCUAGCGUCGUUUUGCGUUGAAGUUGCAGCGAGUUUACAAUCAUUAUCCGGAUCAGAAGAAGAUAGUCUACCAUCAGCGAUGAAAAUGAACGCAUCAAGUCCUCAACAGCAAGCUAUCGUUCACGCAUUUCUUGAACAUUAUGAUCGUGCACUCUCGAUUAUGGAAUAUGAAUGUUCACUUUCGCCGACACCAGUUAACUGGCGUAUGCUGGGUGGACUACGUGUCAAAGCGAAACGAUUCGAUGAAGCCCGAGAGGCCUAUGAAAAAUGUAUACAAGCUUGUUUGAAUAAUGUCGCCGAUCAGAAAGGUGAACUUCAUGGUGUCUAUCUGGAUUUAAGUAAAUGUCUCAUACAAUUAAAACGUUAUUCUCAAGCUGUUGACCAGUUGACUGCGCUACUAAAACUACAAUAUCCAAAUCAAAGCGCUGAAGCUUAUCUACAACGUGGUAUUGCUAAAAUGCGCAUGUUUGCUCAUUACAGUCCUCAAGAAUUAGCAAAACUAUCAUCAAGUCGUCGACCAUUAUUGGACAUCAAUAAAGCGCUUGUGAUUGAACCGAACAAUGCCGAAGCUUAUCUUGCACGAGCUGCUUGGUACGGGCGAUGUGAACGUUACUCAAAAGGUGUACUAAAUUGCAAUGAAGCAAUUCGUCUAUGUCCGAAUCUAGUUCGUGCUUAUCUCUAUCGUGGUUGCUUGAAAUAUUCCAUUCGUUUAUAUGAUCAUGCGAUUAAUGAUCUAACCAAAGCUUUGCAAAUCGAUCCAUCCUGUUCACAUGGUUACUAUAAUCGUGCUCUAUGUUACAUUCGUCGUGGCAAUCUUUCGCAUGCAUUGAAAGAUUUCGCUAUUGUUCUGUGUCUUGCGUCAUCGAUCAGAAGUAGUAAAACUCAGUUAUUGGAAUUAGAAACGUAUGUCAAUCGUGGUCUCUUACAUUACGAUCAUAAAGAUUUUCAAAACGCACUAGUUGACUUCGAACAUGCACUGAAUCUAGUUCUCGAAUCAGGUGAAGAUAAGAAGAUUUAUACAUUAAAACAUCGAUUGAUAUACACUAUUGGACAGUGUCAUCAUCGAUUGGCACAAUUCGAUAAAGCCAUCGCACAAUUUACUUCGUCCGAAAUUGCCGAUCGAUUUACGACUGACGCUUCCUAUCGGCACGAUGUAUGGAUUGCUCUUGGUAAUGUCUAUAUGGAUAUGCCUGAUGAGAAAUCGAGAGCGAAAGCGACGAAAUUAUUCGAACGUGUUAUUCACGAAAAUCCAUUACAGGAACAUGCACGAUUGAAUCUAGGUUAUUCAUUACGACAACGUGCGUAUUAUCAACGAGCAUGGUUGCAAUUCUCAGCACUCCUUCGUAUUAAUCCUCGGCAUGUACGUGCGUUAGAAGCACGAGCGAUUGUUUGCUUACAAAUGAAUCAUCCACGAGAAGCAUUUAUUGAUUUGAAUCAAGCUUUACAUUUCGAACCGUCAUCAGCUCAAUUAUUAACAAAUCGCGGUGUAAUUCAACAAUUUUUAGGUGAUAAUCGAAGUGCAAUGUGUGAUUAUCGCGCAGCAAUGCUUGCUGAUCCACAAAAUGCCUUUGCACAUUACAAUGCUGGAAAUAUACUUAUGUUUCACGGGCAAUUCCUUCAAGCAAUCGGUCUAUUUGAUCGCGUUUUAGAGAUCAACCCACGGGAUGAAGCUGCUCUAACAAAUCGUGCCAUUGCGAAAAUUGUUCUUAAACAGUAUACAAGUGCUCGACAAGAUUUGGAACAGGCUUUGAGCAUUUCUCCGUUGAGUGCUCAUAUUCAUGUUGAUCUUGGUCAAUUACUUUUAACAAUGGACGAACCCGCUGUCGCUGAGGAACAUUUUACUCAAGCGUUAUAUAUUCGACCGUGUGAUCCGGCUGUAUUGAAGUGGCGAGGCGAUGCAAGAUCGAAACAAGAGGGUAAACAUAAAGAGGCCUUGGAAGAUUAUCGAGCAUGUGUGGAACUCAAUGAUGCUUUACAAUUAGCGCGUAAACACGGACUUAUUAAAGUACCAAAGAAAACAAAGCGACGUUUGUGA